UUGAAAUUUCACUUUCACAGAAAAGGAAAGACGUUUGUCAUGUUUUUAGGAACUUUUUGAUUGCAAUCACUUUGCUGCUUUGCUUUGUUACGUAAACAAAGAAUUUACAUUGUCUUAUCAAAGAACCAUCUGAAUACACAGAAGAUGUCAGGGGCUCCCAGUGAAAAUCAGGUACUGAAAAACUACUCGAUCAUGAUCACUCGUACGUUAUGCUAUAUCCUACUUUUGCGUUUAAAAUGCCUGAGAAAUUUACGGACAACAGCGUAUGCAUUAAUUUCAGAAAUAUUUCGACCAGUUUUUAUUGUUUCAUAUGUCCAACGACAGAGAUAAUAUUUAACAAUUAUUAUUGAAUGUUGAGCAUCAUCUGAAUAAUUAUGGAGAUCGAGGAGGGUGGAUAACACCCCUGAGAUCUCCAUAAUUCUUCAGAUGAUACGAAAGUCGAAUUCACUAAUUGUUUUUUUAUUCAUUCAAAACAAUUCCUAGUUUAAAAACAAGCUAGAACAUGUUUACCUUCAUCGAUGUUAAGUUCGUAGGUUCAUCUUCGAUAGUCCACUUUAAUCGGCAAGUUUAGGGGGUAAAGGGUCGUUUAGUUUCGAAAAUAUUCUCCAAAUAGCAUAUGUCGUCCUUCGAGUUGUCUUCUUGCUGUUCUUGCGAUGUUUUUAGCCAAUAGUUCGCCUAUUUCUUGCUGCUGGUGAAACGAGUGAAAUGUUCCGCCAUUUUUGUUCUCACCAGCGACCAACGCCACGAUAACAACUCAACCUCGUCUCCAGGUCUUCUCGGUUAACGAUUCAGUAAUCUGCAACUUUGCUGCACUUUUAAUAUAACGUCGUCGGUUCAAUAUGGCAAAAUUCUUUCAAAUUUGGUCGACAGUAGCUGGUCAUGAUCAAUUAUGUGUGUAAUUUUAGCCAAUCAGGGGCAAAGAUAUAUUUUGAAUGAAUACAAAAUUUCAGGCUAUACAAAAUUUAAUUAUUAUAACAUUAGUUUCGUUCCAUCAAUUUAUAUUACACAUCAUUCCUGUCCAUAUACCCCAUACCCCUGAGGGAGUUAUAAUAAAAUACCCGGGUUCAAUAAAGGCUAUCUUCACACUAUAGUGGAAAGCUUUUUGUGCCGACACAAAAAACUAUCCAGUGUAGUAAUUGAACAGCAACAACCUGGGACCCAGAGUAAGUCGACCGUUCACACACAUGUUUACACAUGAUCGUGCUGGAGUGGUUGGCCAAGAUGGUUUCGGUGCACUAAAUUCUAGUCCUCCAGUGGGUUCAAGUCUUCAAUACAGUCUUAUUACCUGAUAUUCACAUUGCACCAAAGUGUGGAAAAAAACCUAUUUAAUAUGUUAUGCUUGUAUCCACUUUGAGUUCACACAGCGCAGGAAUCACAUUACAGAAAUCACACCAAAAUCACUAUUCUUAUGUGAACACUACAGGCCCUAUCUGGUAUGGUUUUCGUGCUGGUGCAAAUCAGCUAUCCGAUAUAGUGUGAAUAUUGCCAAAAGCUCACUUAGGGUGCAUUCGAUUGGGAAAUCAGGAUUCAGAUUUUGAAACUCGCAUGAAUUUCAAAAUGCAAAAAACAUUUGAAGAAAUCCAUCCUCAAGUUGGAUUUCAAUAUUAUUAGAAAUAUCCAAAUCUGGAUUUCUUGGAUUCUUUCUUUACAUUUUUUGGGGAAUCCAGAAAGGAUUUUCAAAACUGUUCUCGUGAACAUCUGUCUUUUUUUCUACUUACUAUAGUGUGGACAUGCAGCUGCUGUCCUUGUGAACAGUUAUGCUUUUGAAAUCCUUUUGCAGAUUUCCCCAAAAAAAAUGAGAUAAAGGAAAUCCAGGGACAGAUCUUUUGGUGUUAAAAUUUGGAUAUUUUUGUGUUUAAAUUAAAAUCUGAAAUCUGGCUUCUAAAAUCUAAACCAAGAUUUCCCAAUUGAAUGUACCCUUAACUCCUCUCUAAAUCUGUCCUAUUAUUUAUCCUAGAAUUAACCCCCCUCUGGAUUUUACCUGUUAAUAAGAACUCAGCAUUACUUUGUGAAACAAUUAAACAAACUAGAAACAGCUUUAUUUUGAAUUAUGAGAAAAGCCAUAGAUACUCUCCCCUUUUUCAGUAUUUGUUUUAAGUUAAUUAGUGAAAAGUGUGCUUGUUAUCUAACAGAUGGCUCCUGAGAAACAUGCAUUUUUGAUUGGCCCAAGUUAUGCAUCAUUUGUUAAACCUCCCCUGGAAGGUGUGGGCAAUGAUCUGCACAUUAUGAAAGGCAUGCUCAUGAGGAAUGGGUUCUUUUCACAGAAUAUCAAGGUUUGUGACCAUAACAGCUUCUGCCAAUUUUAUUUUUAUAGACAGGUUGUUGUACAUUUGCUGUAUACAAUACUCACCAUUAUACCUGUUUACUAAACACCCCAGAAAGGGGUGGUGGGGGUUAACUCCCCAGUGGAAUUGACAGGCGGCUUGUCAUCUUACCAUAUUUAGGCUGAUGUUAGAGUUGAUGUGGUACCUUAAUUUUAGAAACUCUUUCUUUCUUAAUAAAACCUCUUUUGACUAUCUAGCUUAGCUUGGUCAGCAACAGCAACAGUUUAUACCUGCCAACUUUUUCUGAGAUAUAAGCGUGAGAUUUUUAUCCUGGGAGUGCUGGGAUUUUUGAAGACGACACGAUCAUUUCCGAAGAUUCCCAAAGAAUUCCGAAGUCUUCCGAAGAAGUCCGAAGUCUUCCGAAGAUGUCCGAAGUCUGCCGAAGGCUAAGUUUUCACUUGCUUUUCACUUCAAAAAUCAGAGAUCGCGAGGAAGGUAUUGUCAUUUAUUCAUUUUACACAUGGUUUUCGUUCCUUACACGGGUUUGAGUUAACAUAUUUUUGGAAAUUGUGUCAAGCAAGACGGCAACAACUCACAUUUUUCAAUCAGGCGUGAGAAAUUGGCCCGCAAGCGUGAGCCGGCGUGAGAUCGAAGUUUUCAACCCGCAGGCGUGAGACUCACGCCUAAGGCGUGAGAGUUGGCAGGUAUAUGAGUUUUGGGACCAUUUAUUUUUUAUUGAAUAGCUGGGGCUGGUGGGGGGGGGGGUGGUGUUUAUUGGCUGUUCCUUUAACAUAUGACGCUCCCUCUUAGCCUGCAAAUGCUGACAUAAUUUCUGGUGGAGAGAAGUGAAAGAAGAAAAUUUUUUCCUACCCUCCCCACCCUUUGUAGUCCUGAGUAUUUGGGAUGACUGACCCUCCCGCUGAAGGAAAGCUGAAAAUAAUAAAGCUGAAAACUAAAAUUUUCCAGUCUAUACUUAAUAACUAAAGUAAUUUUCUGGUGGUCGGGCUUCAGGGGUAUUUUCACCUGAAACUUAAAACUCUUUAAAAUCUAGAGAUGUUCUAAUGCUGAAUUUGGUUCACUCUGUCACUGCAUAGACAAAAUUAAUUCCGUUUUUUAAAGCUAUUUUUUAAUACAGACUAUUAUCAGUAAGGUUAAGUCUUUAAACGAUAGGCCUAGAGAGGCCAAAGAAGACUUCACAUAACCUUGACAAUUUGAAGUUUUUGUUGUAUUUUACAAAAAAACAGUUGGUGGGGUAUAAAUAGCAUUAUUAAAGCAAAAGAUGAGGUAGGAUUUGCAGGGGCAUUCUACCUAGUAGUCGUCAGAAACAGUAGUGGGAUUAUACUAUACGUGGGGAUAUAAUGAUAUCGCGUUUUAUCUUUUAUUGUGGGUGAUUCAUGGGGAAGGAGCCCAUUUGCAGGGAAUUUUUAAAAUUACCAGUACAGUAUGUGGUAAUAAAACAUAUGUUUUUGGGAGGAGGGAGAGGCUGGCCAGUACUUUAGAGUGCUUUAAUACACCACUGGUACCUUCUAUUAAUAAUUUCAGGUACUAAUGGGUGCCGAGGCGUCUCGUGAAAAUAUUUUGAAAUUCCUAGCUGAGUUUUCUUCAAGGAUGGAAAGAAGAUCUAUUGUUGUCAUUUACUUUAGUGGCCAUGGAUAUGAAUUUGUGGAAUUUGACCCUCAGAAAAGCGGUCAAAAGCACUUUGACCAAGGAAUAGUUCCUGCUGACCAAAAUGAGACAGAGGUAGCUGCUGGUUUAUUUACCUUUUCUGGAGAUGUUUUUUUUUUAGUUCAGUCAUUCUGUGUUGAAUAAAAUAAAAUGAAAUACAAUAAUAUUAUAUAUGGCCCCUUCUUUUCAAAAGUUAGGAUAAGGUUGGUGUAUAGCCUCAUAAGAUUAUUCAAGACUGAGCAGUAUAUUUUCUCAUUUUUCUAUCUUCUCAAUUUGUACUGUGUGUUUCUUUCUUGUCGGUAAAUCUUUUGAGGUCAUUAUAGUUGAAUCUCGACCUGUGUUUGUCACUAAUUAUAUUAGGGAGCUUAAGCAACUACUACUACGACGACGACCACAACUUUACGAAACGAUAGGUUUAAUGAUCAAAACAACAGCUCAUGACAGCCCUGCACGUGGAUCACGAUUUUUAGUACAUUUCGGCUUUGACGUCCACUGCACGACUACGACGUGAAUCCUCCUACUUGACCACUCCUGAAAAUACCAUAACACACCCAUAAUGCUCUAUGUUUGUCACCCCAAAUUUUGCAUAAACAUUGUUUUCAGUUUCUCUUGGGGCCAUUUUAACUCCCAAGAGAAACUGAAGACAAUGCUUAUGCAAAAUUUUGGAGUGACAAUCAAAGAGCAUUAUGGUAUGUUAUGGUAUUUCUGGAGCGAUCGAUUUGACGUUUCAUGGAGGACGUGGACAUACGACCACGAAUUUUCCUUCCUCUUUUUGAACUUGAAUAAAAUCCCUAAGAAUUCAACUUCAGGAAUAGUCGCCUGCAUUUGACAUUUUGGGCGGGUCCAAAUAGACGCGAUUAAGUUUGAAAGAACGCAAAUUCAUUUUUUUAGCGACGUUAGUACCAGGCCUCCAGGGGACCGGCGCCUGUUGGAGCGAGCUGCAGUCGUUCUACUUUAUACUUAAGUUGUUCAAAGCUGGGUUAAGAUAACCCAGGGUUAGUGCGAGAUUUGAAUUCAGAUUUGAAAGUUUAAAAAGCAUUUCAGUUUUAAUUCUGUCUGUCUACAAGUUGAUGAUUGGAAGCUCUAAAAAUAGCAGAGAAAAUUAUCCGAAAAAAUGCUUUUGAACACGAGAAAGAGAAACCCGAGUUAAAUUUAACCCCGGGUUAAGCGCUAAUCGGCUUUCGAACAACUGGGCCCAGGACUGUGGGACUAUGAAGAGUGAAAACACAUUUCUCAUAGACUAACUGAUUAAGCAAUUUGCGCGAGUCAAACUUUGCAUUUGCAAAGUCGCAUUUUUGCUGGUUAUGCCGCUAAAGGUAAUUGAACGACAAGGCGUAACUCUAAAAGGGCAUUUAUUUCAUGCUUCUGUUCAUCAGUAUUAACAUCCUCAGUAUAUACUUUGAUUUUCCCUAGUUCAAUAAAGGUUUUGUUCGUGGUAAUGCUGUUAUAACGGGUGACCAUCUCAAGCCCUACCUUUCUGAACUAAUCGAGAAAGAUUGUGCAGUCAUUACUAUUUUCGACUGCUGUUUUUCUGGUCGCAUGUAUCGAGGAUUCUCUACGGGAAAUAGCUCUGCUAAAACUGUAAGAAAGGUAAGAUUAUAACUGUUAUAAGUCCCAUCAAAACAGGUUUUACAGCUAUCUACAUGGAUGUCCUAUAGUCAUAUCCCUUUGACCUAGAGUUUGCUUUUCUUCCCAAAGAACACUUGAUUUUGUACCUAGGUUAUCGCUUUUUUUCCUGCAACAACACUUCUGUUUUUUGGAUAAACCAUUUUUAUAUUACUAGAGCAGUUAUCAAAAAAGGUUUUGUUAUAUACCUCAAUCUCUUGAAACUCGUAGGUUGUUGAAGGUGUUAUUGUUUUCUGCAGCUUACAUUUCCUAAGGAUCUUUUACAAAGCAAAACUAGAGGACCAGGAGAACCAGUGGAACACGAAGAAGAGGUAUGAAUAUACAAGCCGGGACAAAUGUUAUAAUCUCACUGAUUACACGCAACUACUGCAUGUUUGCUAGGAUAUAUAAGUGAAUACGGAUAGAAUCUCGGUGACCUGAAAGUUUCCCGAUAUUUUAAGGACGUCUAGCUCGGACCAUCUAGAACUUUACACACUUCAGUCAUGAUGACGACAUUUUUUGAAGUGUCACUAUAUAAAAUAAACCUUCCCUUUGCCUAUCUUUGGGAUGAAUAGUAACUACUAUGCUGGUCAGUUUCUUCGUGAAGCUUUUUGAACUGGUGUCAGUGGCUUUAAUUUGCUCUGGCUGUAACCGGUUGCUCUGCUCUCUAAAAUCCUCUGCAGUGGCGGCAUUAUAUGGUAAGGGUGAGCGAAUAUUCUAAUCAAGCCUGCAGUUUUGAGUCAUCAAAUCUAAAUACUCUUUUUGUAAACAAGUGUAAUUAAAAGAAUCGCUUCUUACGUUAUAGCUGUUAUCUAAUUUUCCACUACCUUAGAACCACUUAUGUUCGGCAAAUAAUGAGUUUCGUAUUGUAACUGACUUCAUUUCACUAUUUAUUCGUGAAAUUUAGCCAAUGGAGCAAUGUCAACAAGAAACUCAUUGCCCAGAUCCAAUGCAUUCAUAUUCACAACUAAAUUACCCAGUCCAGGAAUUUUGGACACCUGUGUGGAGCGCUUUGGAUUCUCCACAGUCCGAUAGGCUCAUUAGUAUUGCAGCAAGUAGUUCUGUAGAGGAGGCAUGGGAAUUUCAAGACCCCGAAACCAAUAAAUGGUAUGGCCGCCUAACCUAUGCUCUCGUAGAAGUUAUUGAUGAGAUGCAAAAUGCGGGCAAGAAAAUGUCCUAUACUACGCUAAAGAGGUAAGAAUAAGUGGUAUGUGAUGGUGGUUGUUUUGAAAUUAGUAAAUGCUAUACAGUGAUUGAAUGAUGUCAGGGGCGUAUUGUAGCGUGAGAUCUUGAAGGUGUACGCACGAGAAAAAGGUCCAAACUUGGGGGUCUGGGGGAAUGUUCCCCCAUAAAAUUUUUAAAUUUGGUAUCUCGAAAAAUGCCAUUUUCUACAAUUUCCUCAGGAGUUUUCAGCAAAUGAAUACGAAGGAAAAUGCAGUAGUUGGUUGUUUAGUUUACCCAUCACUGGUGUUAUCGCUACCGAGCAUACAGCGUGAUUAAAGGGACAAGUGAGGGGAGGGGAGGGUGACACUGUGAGGGGGCAGGGAAGGGGAAAUUGUUUUCGUUUUUCAUAACGUUUCUUGCCGUCCGGGGUAAACAUGUAAUAAAGGAUAAAUCAAAUACUGACACAAAGGCACCCGCCAAUACGUAAAAUCAAAAAUUUUUUUUUACGGAUUUCAACUGUACGCAAGGGUGUAUGUCCGUAUAUAGACGCUAUGCUCCUGGAUGUUUUUUAAGAUGUGUUCGUAUGGUGCUCAAAUGAAACAUUUUUUUUUGUGAAAAUGAUUUAUCCCAAGAUGUCAUUGAUUUUAAGUAAAAUAACCUCAAUAUAUGUGUAUCGUUAAUGGGGGAGGGCGUACUUUAAAUAUAUUUUAAACAGUACCAUUUAUUACUUGUGUGAAAAGCAGAUACAUGAAACUCAUAUUGAUUUGUCAGAAAAUUUCUUUUUUUAGGCGCAUUAAACUGAUGUUUACAGAAAAAGGCUGGGACCAAAAUCCACAGUUUGAAGGCAUUUGCAUGGACAUGGAAUUGUUUGGUUUUCAAAAUAUUAAAGGUAAUAGUAAAGAAAUUUGAAUUACAAAGGGUUUUAAAAUAUGACAUUUUCCAAUGUUUCAGUAGUGUCUUUUGUUUGGUGGGAUGGGGAGGGGGGCUGUGGAGGAAAGAUCGCUCUGGGGCCACUCCUAGAUUACUUCACUCUCGAAGCUACAGUCCAUAGGUUGUUGUCAGCGGCUGGUUAAUAGAAAACCACUCAAGGCGGACACAAUUGGACACAAUCCGACUUGAGUAAGAACUGCCCAGCGGUCCCUUAGGGCCCUAUGAAAUACUCGCCUUUGAAAAUAUCUCAAUUUAAAUUGAAUCACGGUCUCAGCGUUAUUUGGUUCAAUUUGACAGACUCGAGUCAAGGCCAAAUUGUGGUUCUGAUGCUAAGGGAAAAUAAAACAAAAGGAUAACUCAUACCUCAAUGUGUUUUCUUUAAUUCAUUCUACUAAGCCUCCAAGCAAGGUAUUAAUUUUAAUCUAUCGAAAUAGGUCAGUUCUUAUUACAUUUGUAUUGAAAGGAAAUGCCUUGUUUAUAUUGGAAGUAUUGCAGGCCUCCUUGAAAGAGAAAACUUGGUGACUUCGAGGACGUGAGUGAUUUCAUUUCUUGUUUGUCAGAAAAGAUUUACUUGAAAUACUGUUCCCUUUGUUAAUUUUUACAGGUUCUCAGCCAAAGUCAUUUGAAAUUUCUGAAGUCAUGGUAGAAAACGGAUUUGUGAAGGUUAUCCUCAAUGCAGGAAAGUUACACGGUGUUGUGGAUGGGCAAUAUAACGUAUAUAAACCUCAUAUCGCAGAGGAAGAAGCCAAAUUGUAUAGGUGUAUUGAUACGAUCGACGUUACGGUGAACGAUAUCGAUAUGCUGAAGUCACGUGGUGCAGCUAUGUAUAAAAGAGAUGCAGGAGGACUUAAGGUAUCAGCCUGACUCAACAAAACCUCGAUCGAUGACUUAACUGUUAGCCUAAACUAAAUGAAAUUGUUAUUGCAAAGAAUAUUUAUCUGUCAGUUAAGAUUUCAUUCCAGUUGGGGGUUAAGGAGCAUGUAAUAUCUUUAUAUGAAUUAGGCAAAUCAUCAUCGUAAUUUACCGAACUGCAGUAAAUAACCGUAAAGUAGGCUGUAUUAAACCGUUACUUUCUUCUGCAGUAUUUUUCACAAUAUUAGUUUAAAGGAUUCCUUUGACUUUAAUAAUUGUUAGCUCGAUUAUUGUAGUCAUCUUUCGUUCUUUCGUUUUACGUAGGUUGGCUGUAAAGCUAUUCUUACCUCUCACCAUAGUAUGUGCACACCAGUGUAUGUCAAAUGGCCUGCUUUCCCAAUGGACCAAGAAUGUCAUGAUCAGAUGAGUCUGGUAAUCGAAAACCAGGGCAUGUUUUCUUUAGAACGGGAGGAAAGGCCCCACAGUGUGACACUGGAUGUUCAGCAAGUUGAAGGGUACGUGAUUGAACUGUGAUCGAAUACAUAAAAGAAUACAUGCCAAUGAUAGUUAGAGGGCGUACGUUCAGUUAAAGGGCUGAAGUAGACAUCUUUUUUGAUUCUUUGUGUUUUACCCUUACGCGGCUUACCAGGCCUUAAGAUAUGUUUGCUCUUCUUCUGGUCUACUCCGUUUAUGAAGUCAAAUGCUAAGUCAGAAGCUAAGUUCAUUAAAAGUCCAUCAAAUUAAUCACAGUUCAAUUAAUUGCCUUCAUCCUUUUCAUACUUACAGCAAAAAUUGUUGGCGAGCCUGUCAGUAUGGUCGAAUGAUUGUACCUUAUCAAGAAAGCGGAGACGAGUAUCUUAUGCUGAAGAAUUUGGCCAAGUAUUUUCGUCACAAGUUUGCUAUCGGACGGAAGUGGACCAAUGACCGUAUGCUAAAGAACGUUAGCUUCAAAGUGUUCAAGGUAGAAAAUGUACCAUCAUUCAAGGGUUUACCGGGCAAGAAGAACGAGCUGAUUAACGAAGCAAUAAAGACAGGUGAUCUGUAUAGCGGCGGUAUGUACUGUUUUGCUGUUGCUGCGAUAGUCUUACUCUUUUUCAACAGUUCAAUGUAUCAAGCCAUUAAUCCUUUAAGCCCCAAUAUCCACAAACCAAUUCUCCAAACUGAUCUCUAUACAUUUCCUUACAGAAUUAGUUGGGAGAAAUUGAUAAAAGAUCAGAGAUUUUUCUCUUUGUGAUCAUUUGAUUAAUUCUCAUAGAUGUUGCACUUGACAAUCUAUGGAUAUUGUUAGGAGAAAAUUGAUGUUGGUCACUAUUAGGACUUAAGGGGUUAACGUACUAAGAAUAUUUAUAUACUUAAAGCAGGGGACAUCAUUAGUGAGAUAACUGAUGAGUAACCGGACAUUCUAUCAACUGUAAAACGAUAAUCAUAAUACCUGGGCACCCGGUGGAGAAAAAAGAAACACCUCUCUGAACUGGAAAGGGAACCUAUGAGUUUGGAAGUCUAUUGCAGCCUAUUCGUACCAAGAGUUAAAUACACUAACACAAAAUUGGCUAAAGACGAAGCCAGUUACUUGGCAACUAAAGUGGAUGUAAAAUUCAUUUUUGGUUUGAACAAGCCGGCAAGAAGUGUUGUGCUACUUCUCAAAUUAUUCUAUAUUUAGUGCAUGGUAAAACGAAUUUUGAAGGUAUUUUGAAGCCUGUAGGUCCACGGUAGUCUCUGAUCAGACACGUGUCCACUAGGUUUCGAGGAGCAUAAAAGGCUCCCAUCGACCUACAGCUCAGGUGAUCAAAUAAAGGCAUAUCCCCAGGAAAAGAACCGUUGUGUUAUCCGUUUCGUUCGAGUAAUAACCUAAUUGCAGUUGAACCUCUCUAAACAGCCACUUUGUUAUUGAGUCAAAUGGCCAUUGACUGUGUAGAGAAGUAGUCAUUAGUUGAGAUAAGAGGUUAGUAGACUGGGAUAACUGACCACCUACCACUCCCCUAAGUCAACAUCAACACAUACUUCUCGCUUAGGGCAAAAUUGUGACUUAUGGGAGGGGUAGGCUGUCUGUUUUCCAGAAACCUCAAAUGAUCCGUAGACCGUGGGGGGUGAAUUUCAUUCUUUGCCUUUCGCAGAAUCUUCGCAACAUGAAGUCCCUACAUUUCGCGCGCACCAAGUUGAACUGAAAAACGCGAUGUACGGUUACUGGAAAAAGUAUCAAGUUAUCGAUGGCUCAGGUGAUGCAAUAGUGAUAGAGAUCACAAAUAACGAGACGAUUCCAAUUUACGUAUGCGUGAUGUCCUACCAAGCUGAUGGUUCCAUUGUGGUCUUACACCCACAUAGAGACGUAAGCAUCUUAUACGGUUCCAUCAAAUUGUGAUCUCUUUCAGCCAGUUUCAUUUCAGAAAAUGUCAGUUUGAUCCUCCAAAGAAUACUCAUGUUACUUUGGGGUUGCAUUGAUAAAUACACUAUCAAUCAAUGCAGCGAAACCAAUUCGAAAAUCAAUCCGAUUUUAUUCCAACUUUGGCCUCUCAAUUUGUGUCAAUUUCCAUUCAUCAUGGUCAUUUGUUCGGUACUCCCGCGCCUUACAUUUCAUUUUUCCCCCCGUCAGAUCAGAAUACUGGCAUACUUAUGCUUUGCUAUUAUCAGUCUCAAGUCUAAAGACCAGGGCCCAGUUGUUCGAAGGAUGGAUAGCGCUAUCCAUUGGAUAAAUCUCUAUCCAGUGGAUGACGCAAUUGGUUUUCCUAAUACUUAUCAACUUCAUGGUGAUUUAUCCAAUAGAUAGCGCUAUCCAGCGUUUGAACAACCAGGGCCGGAAGUUCAGACUUUUUAUUGCAACAAGUUUGACACUUACGUUGAGGCAUUAAAACGUCGCAUAACGUUCCUCAUUUUAGUUUUUCUUUUUAUUGCAAAGAAAGUAAAACAUGCAGUCUUAAAACUUUAACGUGUUGUUUUCUGCGUGAAAUCAGGUGUGCCAUAACUUGCAAUGCUGUAGUGGAAACUUUUCGGCAAUAACACUUUCGUAAGUGCAAAGGGGAUAAUCUUUUCUCCAUUUACAGUGCACGGAAGAAGGCCAACGUUACUCGUAUACCUUGAUAGGUUGUUUUCUUUGCAGUAUUUUAAUCGCCCUUGGUAUAAUUUAUGGCUAUUAUACGUUUUUAAGAUCGUUCAUUAUCAGCGAGUUAAUGUCAACAGUUUCACUGGUUUUUAUCUCUGUGAUUUCCAUUUUGGAUCCUUGUUCAAAUUUCUAGGGUCAAACUGAGGUUCUGAGGGAAGGUGAGUCGAUGAAGACGAUCAAGAGAGUUCUUCUCGAACCUGAGACAGCCCGUCGGAUGGCUGAACCAGAUUUUGACAAGCCGAGACCCGAGUAUUGCGAUGAUGUACUUAUUCUGUAUGCUACAUCGGAGGCCACAGACUUCAGCCCUCUCAUUCAGACGGCGAUCGAGCUUAGUCCUAAGUUAAGUACAAGAGGACCCAACCCGCCAGAUGUACGUAGUUUUAGCAAUCUAGCUCUCUGUUACCCAAGUACCAUUACUUUUAAUAGUUUUCUAAUUAAAACGAUAACAACAACAGCAGAAGUAGCAAAAUAUCAUCCCUUAGAAUGUCAUUAACAAAGAUAAGGAACAAACCACGUAAUACCCCAAAAUAAUAUCCUUCAUCCACCACAGGAUAGUAGAGAAAGCCAUUUUUGACAGCGUUGCAAGUGAUACCUAUAAAAGGUGUGUCAAAUCGAGGGGAGCUCCCCCAUAUUUUUUCAGACCAAACUGAGACCUCAAGAUUUGGAUCGCCACUGAAACACUACUGCUAAAUUUGGUUAUGGCGUAAAUCAUGGAAAAAUUAUGACUGUAUGGCACUUUAAACACACAGUUAUUAUCAGGAAGUUUAACUUCGUGAUAUUAAACCGUGAUUUGCUUCGGACUCAAGAGUACAAACCAGUUUUACAGCAAAAGAAACAUUAUCGAUGAGACGUAAUAUCGGCUGACAGCUUUUACUUGCGUCACACACAAGACUUUAAACUUAGAAACGUCUUUCGCAUCAUAAUGACAUUGACUGCUCAAAUCUGUAAUAUGGUAAUUUAUUUUGUUAUUGUGUGUUGAAGACUCCAUCCACAGAUUCAACAGGACUGAUAUUUUUCUUUUUCUUGUUUUACUAUCUUUUUUUACUAGGGGUUCCGCCUUACCUUUGCGAAUAAUUUUAGAGACGCUCUUCGACCUCCACGCUCUGGCCGACAAGGACAGAAAGAAUCCAGUAAAUGGCUCACUCUCAGAAGGGAUAUCAGGAUUUUUUACAAUGAAAAUCAAAAACAUUGAAGAAAAAUCGGGUUUCAAAGUGUCAUGGUCAGUCUGUUAUUCGUUUCGUUACUAUCUAUGACAAGUGAUCAUAGGCUAGAUCAGCUGGGCUUCCCCAAACAGUAACAAAACAAAACAAGUGCUUUCCAGGGUCAGCUUUAAAUUUUAGCCUUAAUAAUGUUGUCAGCGGUGUCAAGAAAAAAUGAGCAGUUCAUUUUCUCUUGGUGGUGUUUAAUCUCAGCAAAUGGGUCCUUUGUAGCAUAACCGACUCAUUUGGCAAUAAGUCUUAAGAAGUAUAUAUAAUAAAAACGAAAUUUCGAUUAGUUGGAACACACUGAAAAGAAGUUAAUUGUGUAGUUCACCUAUGUGUCCUAUAUAUCCCAUCAGCACUUUGAAUGAUCACAGUACGUUGAUAGUUGAAGCAAAGAGUCAUGUCAAAAUAAGGUUAAAUGUAUUUGACUUGAUGAGAGAGUCCGACCUACCUUAGCGGAAGUCAUCUUACUUCCUCAUGAUGACUUCCGGCUCUGUAACCAACACAUCUAUUCUGGACAAUCAAUUUAAUUGUAAGACGAAUUUAAUAUUUAAUACGAAGGUAAAAAAGAUGCUUAUACAUGUAUUCUGCAAUUAAGUGUCUGUUUUUGGUCGGCUUUUGUAGAUACAGCAAAAAUGAUGGGCC